UGACAUUAGCCAGUUAUCAUUAGGUACAUAUGUUAUAAGUCAUCGUGUUAUCUUGUUAAAAAUAAACUAUCUGUAUAAUAUUGCAGACACAAACAGAUCUUCACUUGCAUUCGGUCGGACGUAUUGGAGCUAGGAUCACGUUAACGUAGAGAAAAAUGGUGCUGACGCUGUACGGUAUAGAAGGGAGCCCGCCAGUUCGGGCUGUGCUGAUGGUUAUUGAGAAACUGAACAUACCAGAUGUUGAGUUCAUCCAAGUCGAUCUGAUGAAACAGGAACAUAAAAACGAACAAUUUUUGAAGAUGAAUCCACACCACACAGUACCUACAUUAAAAGACGACGAUUUUAUUAUUUGGGACAGUCAUGCUAUCACGGCCUACUUAGUAUCCAAGUAUGGAAAGGAAAAGUCUUUGUAUCCAACAGAACUAAAGCAACGAGCAACCGUUGAUCAGAGACUGCAUUUUGACAGCGGCAUGCUGUUCCCGGCUUUAAUUGAAGCGAUUAAACCGAUUUUUUAUAACGAGAGGACAUCUUUUAAGCCGGAGACUCUGGAGAAAAUUUCAAACGUUUACGAAUUGACAGAAAUGAUCCUGAAUUCUACAUGGUUAGCCGGUGACAAUUUAACUUUGGCUGACAUAUGCUGCUACGCAACUGUUAGCACUUUGAAUAUUGCUUUGCCCGUUAAUGCUCAAGUGUAUCCCAAGUUGUCUGCUUGGACAAAACGUUGUUCGCAGCUGGAUUUUGUGAAGAAAGCUAAUCUACCUGGUUUGACUAUGCUAGAUGAACUUGUAAAGUCAAAACUCGCUUAAUCAUCUAAACAUUUUUCGUUAAAUAACUUGUCACCCUUAAACACAAACGACGAAAUGUCUUAAUAUAAUUGUUAUUGAUAUAAGCCAUUAAAAAUUUCCUUUUAUCAAUACUUUGUCUCAACAAUUACUAAUAUAAAUACUUUAUAUAUUUGGUAUAUAUGACAUUUAUAAAAAUAAAAAUCUAUAACGAUCUAUAAAAAAUAUGUUAUAAAUGAAAAAUAAACUAACAAAGCCUGUGUAAAAGAGAAUAAAAUCACAUUAAAAUUUCGCAAUUAA